AUGUCAGAUCAACCAGUUGAAUUAUUGAAUCAAGGUGCAGGAUAUGGAGUUUUAGUUGGAGUUGGAUCUGUGUUUGCAAUAGGUAUGAUCUUAACCACAAUUUUGUUGCGAAAAUAUCUUCAUGAAGAUGCUCGUAGUACAGAAACUUUUUCAGUUGCAAAUCGUUCAGUUGGUACUUUUCUUUCUGCUUCCGCAGUCUAUUCUUCUUGGUCAUGGGCCACUGAAUUUGUCAUGCUGACUAGUCAAGUUUACAAUUAUGGAAUUCAAGCAGCUUAUUAUUUUGGUGCUGGGUUAUCAAUUCAAAUUGCCGUGAUGUCAUUAGUUGGUAUUCAUGCUAAAAAGAAAAUCCCCACAGCUCAUACCAGUUUAGAAGUUGUUGGUGCAAGAUACGGAAGAUCAGCCCAUCUUUUAUAUUUGGUUUUGGCAUUGAUUUGUAAUAUCAUUUCUAGUUCAGCAAUGGUUUUAACUGUUGCUUCAUUAAUUUCUAUUAUUGCCGGUAAUUUACACAUUGUUGCGUCGACUAUGUUAGUUCCGUUCGGUGUCUUGUUGUAUACCGUUGUUGGUGGGUUGAAAGCAACUUUCUUGACUGAUUUUAUUCAUACCACAAUUUUGCUCAUUAUUUUGUGUUAUUUGAAUACAUCCCUUUUGACAUCUGAUCAGGUAGGUGGAUUAAAUGAGUUCUGGACAAGUCUCACCAAGGUAGACAGACAAAUUGAAGGUAAUUAUGCUGGUUCCAUUAUUACUGGUAAAUCACAAGGUGCAUUGAUUUUCGGGUUAGUUUUAACUGCUGGUAAUUUUGGAUUGACCGUUAUGGAUUCGGCAUUUUGGCAAAAGACAUUCUCUGCUACACCAAAAGCAACUGUCCCUGCUUAUUUACUUACUGCUGUUUUUAUUUUUUCAAAUGUUAUUCCAAUUGGAACUAUUGCUGGUGGUAUUGCUUUAACUAUCGAAGACAACCCUUCAUUCCCAACAUAUCCUAGAAAAAUGACUGAUUAUGAAGUUGCGUCUGGUUAUGUUUUGCCCUAUGUUUUGAAAUCAAUCUUGGGUAAAGGUGCAGUGGGAUCUUUACUUUUGGUAAUUUAUUUAGCCGUUACUUCUACACUUUCAGCACAAAUGGUUUCCGUGGCAUCUAUUUGCUGUUUUGAUAUUUUUAAAUAUCAGUUGGGAUUAAAAGGGUCCAUGAUACGUGUAGCUCAUAUUGGGUGUGUUGUGUUUGGUUUUGGUAUAUCCGGGUUCUGUAUUUUACUCCACGAACUUGGAGUCACAAUGACGUGGGUUACCUAUAUUUACCCUAUUAUCAUUUGUCCUGGUGUUAUCCCACUUAUUUUAACAAUCACUUGGGACAGACAAACGUUCUGGGCUGCUGUUUUGUCUCCAAUAAUCGGGUUAGGAUCAGCUAUUGCUGUAUGGUUAACCACGGCUAAACAUUACUACGGUGCCAUCAAUAUCAACACAUUGGGUAGCGAAUUUCCAUCAUUAUAUGGAUCUUUAACUGCGUUGAUAUUACCGGGUAUUGUUAGUGUUAUUAUUUCGUUUAUUAAACCAGAGAAAUUCAAUUGGGAAGAAUUACAAAGCCUUGACUUGACAAUCAAGGAUGAGGUUGCUGAAUCGGAUCCUGUUUCCACUUCUGAUUCUAAUUCUAACUCCAAUGGUAGCCCAAAUGAAAUAGAUGAAGAAAAGAAAGUUGCUUUAGUUGAAGUUAAAACACAACAAUUAUCAUCCAAUGAAUUAGAUUUCUGGAUCAAGAUUGCUACUGGUGCUGUUAUCUUUAUACUUUUAGUCACUUGGGUUAUUUGGCCAAUGUCUUUAUAUCAAGAUUGGAUAUUCUCUGCUGCAUAUUUCAAAGGAUAUGUCACAUUUUCGUUGAUCUGGUUAUAUGCAACCUUGAUUAUUAUUGGAUUUGUUCCCUUUUACACAGGUAGAUAUUCAGUUGCCACUGUCUUCAAAGGAUUGUACAAUGAUUAUAUAAAGAAGAAAUAG